UUCGGGCUGAGGAGGGGCGGCGAGGUGGGGCGGGGGGGGGUGGGGGGGGAAGGAAAGAGGCUGAUCCGCGGGUGGAGUCGAGGCGGCCGCGGAAGGGUCGGCAGCGACCCGCUCCCGGGAUCGGUGGGAGGUGGUUUCCCCUUGGAAAAAAAACCUCUUUCCAAGUGCUUCUGGUGGGCGUUGGGAUUCACCAGUACGCUGUGUAUUGAGCUAGUUAAAAAUUCAAAUCGAGGGGCUUUUUAAUUAAAAAAAGUGCGCUCUCAGGGAUUAAAAGCCACACAAAGGCUGCUGCAUGAGGACCUGGAGGUUAAACUGUAUCCCUUCAUUGCCUCGGUUGGGAGAGACACAAAAAAUUCUACCAGUCUCCCAAGGUCGGGGCUUGAACCCUGCCAGAUAAAGUAAAAAACGCCCCCCUCUUUCCCCAGCCAUGCAAACUGCGGGAUGAAGCUGGAAGCUGUGGUUGAGCAGCUGCAGAAGCAGCAGCAGAAGCAGCAAACACCUCUGCAGAUGGAUUCCAGGGAGAGACAGCAGAGGCAGAUGAGAGAAGCCCAGCUGCUCUACACUCAGCAGCUGGCCGUGCAGCAGGCUGUCCUAGCAGCUGCAUCUGGCAGGGCUUCGGGCAGCUCCACUGUUGGUCCCUUGGCCAGAGGCCCACCUGCAGCCGGACCUAUGCGGGCUUUUGAUCAGAGCAGCAUGAAUUCAGAGCCAGAAGAGGAAGAGGAGGAUGAAGAAGAGGAGGAGGAGGAGGAGGAGGAAGAAGGAGGUUUGGAAGGUGGAGAUCUUGAGGAUGGUGCUGAUGUGACUGGAAAAGAAGCCUGCUCUGCUCUGAAAUAUUUUCAUGCUCCCAAAGUUGCCCAUCACAACCAAAGAGUGGCCUCUACCUCUAAUCCUCUUCCGGCUUCGGGGCACCAGCGUGGACAGCAGGGCAAGGAAGAACAGGGUAAAGACACUACUAAGCAACCGUAUUCUGGUUCCCCGUCUGGACACCAGAACUGGCGGUUGGAUGAGCAGCUCAAACAGAACGGCAAUGUGACCUGGAGUGAUGAAGGUGAUGGAUGCCGAGGAAGAGAAAUUUCACGAGACUUUGCCAAGCUCUAUGAACUGGAUAGUGACCCAGAAAGGAAAGAGUUCCUGGAUGACCUCUUCAUCUUUAUGCAGAAGAGGGGAACUCCCAUCAAUCGGAUUCCCAUCAUGGCAAAGCAGAUCCUGGAUCUCUACAUGCUCUAUAAGCUGGUGACUGAGAAAGGAGGGCUAGUGGAAAUCAUCAACAAGAAGAUCUGGCGAGAGAUCACCAAAGGCCUUAAUCUGCCCACCUCCAUCACCAGUGCCGCAUUCACACUUCGAACCCAGUAUAUGAAGUACCUAUAUGCCUACGAAUGCGAGAAGAAAUCCCUCAGUUCUCCUGCUGAGCUUCAGGCUGCAAUCGAUGGCAACAGGCGGGAAGGCAGGCGGCCCAGCUACAGCUCCUCAUUGUUCAGCUACUCGCCCACCACCACGGGGCCUCCUUCCCUCCUGUCUCCCCCAAAGAUCCGCUUCCCCAUCAUUGGUGUCGCACCAGGCAGUGGGACCAGCAAUCCUCGGGUGUCUCCAGCAGCAGCUGUCAGGAAAGGUGACGGUGUGCCCUUGACUGUGUCUAUGCCAAAUCGUAUUGCUGUGCCAGUGACCUUGGCUAGCCAGCAGGCAACUGUGGCAGCAAGAACAGCCACCCUAGAGCAGCUGAGGGAGAGACUGGAGUCAGGAGAGCCUCCAGAGAAGAAGGUCUCGCGGAUGACAGAGGAGGAGCAGCGGCUUGUCCAGCAGGCUCUUCAGCGCAACCUGUUCAGCAUGGCACGGCAGAUCCCCAUGAAGAUCAAAAUCAAUGGCAAGGAAGAUAAACCGGACUCGGCGGCAGCGGCAGCACUGAAUUUGUCACCUAACGGCAUUGGGAGUAUUAACAUGUCGGUGGAGAUUAAUGGCACAAUUUAUGCUGGAGUGCUCUUUGCCCAGAAGCCAGUCGUCCACCUCAUUGCGGGCUCCAGCACCCAAAGUUCCUGCAGCAGCAGCAGCAGCUCCCACUGCUCUCCCAGCCCUACCUCAUCCCGGGGAACCCCCAGUGCAGAGCCCUCCACCAGCUGGUCUCUCUGAUGGACAGCCCAGCCUGCUGUCUCUCACACUGGCCUCCAGCAGCUCUUCCUCUCUGCUCUCAGCAGGGAAUGAGCCAGGAAGGAGUCGCACAGAUUACCUCAUCUCAAGGAACCUGCUUUUGUGGUUGGCCAAUGGCAAGAUGAUGAUGCUGAUGCUGAAACCUUUCCAUGCCAGCGAGUUCUUCUUCAUCAUCUCACUUGUCCAGCCUUUUUCUUUGUUCUCCCCUUUCUUCCUCCCUUUUACUUUUUUUCUUCCUCCUCCUCCCAGGGUUUGCUGUGUUCCUGUUGGGGAGUGGGACAUGGAGGAGGGGGGCAUGCCUGGCGUUUUUCAAUCAGGGAUGGUGUCUAGGAGCUGCGGGUUGAGAGAUGGCUGAGACGUCACCAAGGCAGGUGGAAAGAGCUGGAGCUGGGGCAGGGAAACUUGGUUCUUCUCGAACCAAUAGCCACAAGGACUCUUCCCACCAAAAAAACUGUGUAUUGACAAUCCUGAAAGCUGGUGGGGUGCCUCGCCCCUGCCCUCCUGUGGCUUGUGCUAGAGAAGGCCAUGCAGCUGCAGAGCAGGCAAGCUUCCUCACUUCUCUUCAGGCUCCGUCAUGGUCCAGUGUUUGUAUGUCCUCCCUUAGAACACGUGCUCUUGGCUUGUAAGCUUCCUUCCCCCUCUCUGAGGUCUUGGCAAGAGGGGAAGGACUUUCUCACUGCUACAUUUGACCCAUAGAUGCAUUAAAAACCUUUUGAUCAGCUGCUUCAUUCUCCUGGCUGGUGCUGGUCUUUUCCCUAGUGUUGCAUUUUUCAGACUUUCAGCCAAGCUUUAAAUGCCCUUGACCUUGUCUCUCUCUCCCCUGGAAGAACUUGUCCCACUGCCAUUUACCCUGACAGCCUGAACUUAUUUUGGCUUGGUGUCUUGAUCCUCUGCCCCCUUGACACAACAGGGCUGUUAUUUAGGUUGAUCUCAGCUUCCUGGAGCUACUUCCUUCUCAUAUGGAGUCUUUCAGUGCCCCUGGGAGCUCUCCCUGCCUGUGUGCUGAGAAAAUAGAAGGUGAUAUUUGAAACGUAAUUCAGCGGGGCUGUGGGGCGUGUGUAGGUAUUGCAGUUAACAUGACACAUGUAUCUUCACUGGUCUCAGAGCAAGCCUACAGAUGCCCAGUCCCCUUCAAAUUGUGAGGGAGCAAAAAGAAAGCAGCUCUUGGUUGAAUAAGACCUUUUGGUCUCCUGGGUGGGGGGGAAAAAAAAAAGGAAAUCUGGCCCUUCCUUGCCCUUUCACCUCAAACCUCCACUUGAAAGCAAACAAAGGCUGGCCAUGGCUCUCCUGUCUCUGGAGCCAACCAAGCUUAGUGAUUCCAUGAACUCAGCUCCUGCUCAGGUGGCCUCAUUCUGUCCUCUUUCCUCUUGCUGGCCUUUCCCACACGUGCUUUCCCCAGCCUGGAGAUCGGAUCCAAGCGCUAUCCAUCCUGCCCUGGUGACGUCCUUCCAAUCUUCGAGGCCCAAGUCAGGUUGUUUUGAGCAGAUGAAAUACCUCAGAUAUGUACUUGUUGGUUUUGUUUGUUUUGGAUUGGUUUUUUUAACCUCUUCAGGAAGUACUGGCAUAUCUUAUUGCUUGUUUUUUAUAUGUGGUUUUGCUGACAUUGUGGGGGUUGGUUUUUUAUUUUUAAUUGUACCACCAAAGACAGAAGAAAAAAAAAAAGCUGAGCGAAGGAGCCGUGACUUCCCCAUCCUUUAGGCCAGCAGGAGAAAAGCUGAACAGCGCUAUCCCAGGACAUGGACAUGACACAGGAGGACAGGUAGAGGUAGGAAGAGAGGGCAAGAGUGACCGACUUAGAAGAUCUGCCCUUCAUGUUGGACACAAGGGUGUCUCCGAAGUCCCAAUUAUUUCUCCAAGCUCCAGGAUUUGUGCUUAACUUUAACAAAGCUGCUUAGCACAGCCAGGAGAUGACAGCACUGCUUACACUACAGAUUGGCCAGGCCUCUCGCAGGAAAGUAGUUUCUGGCACCUGAAACCACAGCUUUGGUCUUGUGCUGUACCCAGCCACCACCUCAGCUGUGCUGGGGCUUUGCAUGAUCCCAGACACGGCUAAUUCUGACUGUGCUACAAGACUAAGCCGUGUUGGGUAGCCUUUGUGAGAGGUGCCAAAAUAAGUUAUUCUAGUCUUUCCACCCAUAUGUAGGUGCCUGUGCAACAACCACCUGAGCUAGAAGAUGUGUUUCACUAAGAUCAUAAUGUGUGUUAUAAUUCCAGAGGUUCAGCUUGCUAAAAAUCAGUUUCCUGGAGAGUGGUGGUGAGUUGCCAUGUGUCAUGCCAGUAUGAGAAGAGAAGGUCACCUUUUAUCUGCUGCAGGUGAGCUGAGCUGUUGGGAGCAUUUAGCUCUGUGCAGGACGGGAGGCUUGAGGUGCUGUUGCUGUUACAGCCUGUGCCUGCCUGCACCGCUGAGCCCGAGCUCAGCCCUGAAGUCUGUCCCUUCCCUGCCCAGUUAUUUCUGUGAUGCACUGUGAGCAACUUAAGCCUGUCUUACUAAUCUGUGAGAUGCUACAGGUCCAGGAGCGAUGCCCUCCUGUAACCCCUCUGGUUUAGCCAUGGCAUGGACCCUGUGCUCCCAGAAGCUCUUUAUUUUAUACUACUGAAAAGAGCAUGGCUUUUAAAAACACCAGGCCAGAUACUGCCACAGGAGAAGCCCCAUUAACAGCCUGGGGAUUGGGCUUAAAAAUGUUCAUAGAAAACGAGAUGGAUAAUCCUUCCUUUAAACUGCCAAAUGUCAGGUUCUCCUUUUUCAUCCCGCAGCACUACUUGGCUGGGCUGCUGCUCUGUUCUUGAGAGCUCUGAGGUCUUGUGCUAAGGCUUGGAUCAACCACAGGUGGCACCUCCUAGUUACAAGAGGCUCUAUGCUCUCUAUGUGUUAGUUUAUACACUAUGGCUUGAGUUAUCCUGCUGCCUGACAUUGUGAGGACUCAGAGGAAGAGAGAAAGUGGCUGAGAGUGCAUGUGUCCUGAGAUAGAUGCUGCUCUGACAUGUUCCCUCUCUGGCUGCUUUUAGCCGGAGUGACGACCACCCGCCAGGCACAGGGAAGCUGAGCUGCUCUUUGGCUGCAGGGCGUUUGCUUGGCAGAUCCCAUAGGCCUCCACGGCAUUUCAUCCUUGCAGGCUCAGAGAGGAUUUUCCAGACUCGGGCUUAUUCAGAUUGGGGAUUUUUCCCUUUUUUGUUUUCUCUUGGUUGGUGUUUGGUUUUUUUUUUUAAUUGGGGGUGGAUUUCGGGGCUGUUUCCUACAAGUGGGACUGGGGGACUUUGCUUUUCCUUAUGCUUUCUUCUCUGGUCCUGGGGAGCAGAGGUUAGUAAUGGGUGGUUUUGCUAAUGUAUCACAUGCUAACAUUGUGUUUUCUUGCACAGAAUGGCACUCGAAUCACUGAACUGCUAAACAGCUUUGACACUACUAGAGUAUUAAUGUUUAUAAGCUUUACACAACUAGACUGGAAAUAGACAGGGACUAACAGAUUGUUUUGUAUCCAAUUCAGGGAAAGAAUCAAGUUGGGAUGUGUAACAGAUACCUCAGUAAAAAUAAGCUGCAACAAUAAACUGGUCCUUUCUCAGUACAUGAUGACAAGGACCAGCCAUUUGGACUGUGAAGAGUAACCCUUUCGCAAAACCUGGCUUUGAUACUGGCAGUUGGCUUAAUGCAUGUUUCGCUGAGCUCCAGAUCUCCUACUGAGCUGCCAGGCUUUGGGAUCAGGGUUAUGGAAACCAGCAGCAGAGACGGGGUGGAGGAGCCAGGGAAAGGCUGAGCAAGGGUGGUGGAUCCCCCACUCUCUCCCGGCUCUGCUUCAUUUCACUCGACCGUGUUCGAUUGUAUAGUACUCAGGGGUUUUGAUACUGCGGGUAGGACUGUUCCUCGUGUGAAGUGCUCCGCUUUGCAGUGUGGCUAAUUCUUUCAACUCCAGACCAGCAAAAGUUUUGCAGUGAGCAGCCAAAAAAAAAGCCUUGAUGCUACUGUUUCAGGGGGAGAUUUGCCAGCAGAGUUUGCCCAGCUGGGGAAAAACAAAAAACCUGCUUGUCCUCUUCCAGCAGAUCCCAGUUUAUGCUGGGAAGGCACAAAGAUUGUGAGCUGGGACAGGGAGAAGAGGCAAGGGGGAGGCUGUGUGCCUGCUCGGCUCCCAAAGUGAAUGUGACCGUGUCACACCAAGUCCUUUUGGCCGCUGAGUACGCGCCUCUGUGUGUGUGUGUGCUCCAAACAGAUUCAGAUCAGAAGAUGUUUUCACCAAACAGCUGCAGCAGCCUUGCUACUAGUUUUCUUACCUAUUUAAAAAAAAUAAAUAAAAAGAAAUAAAAAAAUGUGAUAGCCUAGGCGGUGGAUAAAUACCUCAACGUCUCCUUCCAACAAGUGUCUGUAUAUGUUGUUGUUGGGUUUUUCUAUCUUACAUGUUAUCUGAAUGUUUAUAUUCCAAUAAACUUCUACCUCUUCACACAGUGA